AAGCUUUAGGCUCGGCGUCACCAUAACAACACUGGGUCUGUGCAGGAACUUAUUCGAAGUGUACUGCUAUUUGACAUCAAGAAUACUCAGGAGGCAGAGGAAGUAAAGAGUAUAUUAUACAGAAUAUGGAGAAAAAGAGAGAUAGUAAAAAGGAGAUGAACAACUAGAAGAUUGGUAUCCAGCACCAGACAAGUGGCACAGAGGAUGAAUGUGUUGCUGCUCCCACACUCACUGCCUGUCCAGUCAACAAUGAUCUCAAAGUGGCAGAGCUUGAUUGUAAAACUUAUAUGUUGCUAUCACCCUACACCCUUCUACACCUCUCACACUCUUUCCCACACCAAGGCCACAUCCUCCCACACCCAUGCCACAGCUUCCCACACCCCUUCCUCAUCUUCCCGCACCCUUACCUCAUCCCACUCAGCCUUCCACAGUCCCAUUCAAUCAUUUAAUAGGUCCAUGACUAAAUUAAGUAGAAUAUCUUCCUUAUGGCAUUAUCACUCUUUCCACACUCACACAGCUUCCUUCGCUGAUCCUACACCCUUUCCUACGCAGCCCAUACCUUCUUACACCUCUACCACACCCCUGCCAGCAUCCUACACUACAGUGGCCAGUGUGUACAUCCACUGGCCUUACUGCCGACAGAGGUGUUCCUACUGCAAUUUUGUCAAGUUUGUCCCACACCCUGGGGCUCGCUGGACUCUGCCUCAUGAUGUGCUGGAAGAUGCUAUUGUGCAUGAGGUGAAACAUUCCCUGCAACAUUCACAUAUCACUCAGGUGUCUUCUGUCUUCUUUGGGGGAGGCACUCCCUCCCUGGCACGACCCAAGAUGGUUGAGAAGGUGUUAAGAGUCCUUCAGAGUGAGGGUCAUCUGCUGGAAGGAGCUGAGGUCACCUUGGAAGUUAACCCAACGUCCCUUGAGACCCAGACGCUCAGGGAGUUCAAGGAGGCAGGAAUCAACAGAGUGUCCAUUGGUGUACAGAGCUUUGAUGCGGCCGCCUUGAAGCUGCUGCACCGGGACCACUCUGUUAAGGAAGCCAAGAAUUGCUUACAGGCUGCACAAAGUUUGUUUCCUGGCCGAAUCUCUGUGGACUUGAUGUUUGGCCUUCCCCACCACAACACUGAGAGGUGGGAGAGAGAGGUGCAGGAGGCAGUGGCUUUGUGUUGUGACCACCUGUCCUUGUACCAGUUGACUGUGGAGAAAGGAACAGCACUAUACCGCCAGGUGAUGGCAGGUGAGGUGAGGCUUCCAGAACAAGACCAAAUGGCUGACCUCUAUGCAGUGGCAGUACAGGCUUUAAAGGAAGCUGGACUGUACAGGUAUGAAGUGUCAAAUUUUGCUUGUAGCCAGAGUACUGAAAGCAUCCACAACAAGGGCUACUGGCAGGGGCAACAGUACAUUGGGGUUGGGCCUGGUGCACACAGCAGAGUGGUGCCACAGGUUUGGAAGGGUGCUGAGAAGAGCACCAAACAGAGAAAUGCUGGCCUUGAUGGAAGCAUUGCUAAAGGCAUUAGAGAGAAUAGUGAAAUCAGGAGUAAUACACCAUCUCUUCACAGCUCCACAAAUGAAAGUGCAGUCAACAAGAGCAGUGAUGAUAUGACCUGCUUAGCACAUGUUCCUGGUACUGAGCAUAGAUUAGAGGAUAGCUCAUGCACUUCCACCAUGGCUCAUCAGGUCAUCCGUGAAGCAAGGGUCAAUGCUGCUGACCCUGCUAGUUGGCUGCAAGAGACUCUCAAGAAGGGAAAUGGCAUUCGCAAGACAGACCACCAAACAAGGGUUGUGGCGGCAUCAGAAUAUCUUGCCUCAGGCCUGCGGACAAGAAAAGGUGUGACUGCAGAACGUUGGGAUGUUUUCCUGCCAUAUCUAUCCCUUGGAGAGGUUUUUGUGGGUGAACUGGGCUGGCUGGAGGAUGCUGGACUGGUUCAUCUGUCUUCUGAGAGGCUGAGGGCCACUGAGGAGGGACUGGCACUACUUGAUGCCAUCCUUCCACACCUCUAUAAUAUCCUUCAUGACCACUUGAGAUGACACUUCUGCCUUGAGAUUGUUCUGUUGCCUGCUGGGAAUAGAGUGGUUGGAAGGAGAUGAUAAGGAUGUACGAAAGUGAAGCAGAUGCUGGUAGUUUGAGAGAAUGACAUCGAUAUACAAGAAGAUGCUGGCAUUGUGAGAGGACAAGAGGGAUAUACAACAGUGGAGUGCAUGCUGACUGAGAGAGGAUGAUCCCCAUCUGUGUCAUCUUCAAAAAGGUAAGCACAGGAGCAGUAGAUGAUGAUAAUAGGAUAGCAGCCAGUGGACACCUGCUGCUGUGGUUAAAUACAAUAAAGUAUGUUAAAGGUGGUGGUGUGGAAUGAUGCAAAACAGUGAUUUGUUAUCUGUUGACUGUUCCUCCUGGUCACUACACAGCAGCAAACUUUGAGAGUCCUGCCAAAAUGCCCGGUGGUAAGGAGUCCUAUUCAGUGGAAUAAGUAAUUUAUUUUUACUACUGAGUACUUGUAGGAUAUGAAUUGUUAUUUAAGUAUUCUAUUUGUCUGAUGAGAGUGAACCCUAUCACUAUGCUUGUAUGUAUUCUCCUUUAAGAUAAACCAUUUAAAUUUCAGUAAUUUUAAAAUUUUUAUUAGAUUAUUUUUAGUUAAGAUCAAGCUGUUAAAAAUCCCAAAUAUAUUCAGAAAAGUUAAUUUAUUUAAUAACUUUUGAAGGUAUUGUAGAGAUGAAAAAAAUGUAUGGAUGUAAGAAACUCAUCAAAAUGUAAAUGUUGAAGCUUUAGUGGCAAUAAACUGUUUGUUUAGAUUUCAGUUAUUCUAACCAAAGGCUUUACUCUAUUAGGAAUUCCUUUUGUUUGCGGACUGUUUUAAUCCUGUCAUUUUUUAUAUGUACAAGAUAAACCUUUGGGAUUUGAGUUUUUAGAAUAAAAUUUACUUAUUUAUUAAUUGUAAUUAUUAAUUUACAAUUUCCACAGGUCCAGAGCACAAUAAUCUUAAAACUUUUAAUUUUUAUUUAUUUAUUUAUUUAUUUUUUUUUAUUUAUUUUUUUUUGUCAAUGUAACUUUUUAGGUUACUAUAAAAUGGACUUCAAAUACAUAAGAAUAAAAAUCUCAGUAGAAUUUACAAGGACAUUUUAUGCACAAUAAAAUUUGUUUGCUUAAA